AAUAAUAAUAAUAAUAAUAAUAAUAAUAAUAAUAAUAAUAAUAAUAAUAAUAAUAAUAAUAAUAAUAAUAAUAAUAAUAAUAAUAAUAAUAAUAAUAAUAAUAAUAAUAAUAAUAAUAAUAAUAAUAAUAAUAAUAAUAAUAAUAAUAAUAAUAAUAAUAAUAAUAAUAAUAAUAAUAAUAAUAAUAAUAAUAAUAAUAAUAAUAAUAAUAAUAAUAAUAAUAAUAAUAAUAAUAAUAAUAAUAAUAAUAAUAAUAAUAAUAAUAAUAAUAAUAAUAAUAAUAAUAAUAAUAAUAAUAAUAAUAAUAAUAAUAAUAAUAAUAAUAAUAAUAAUAAUAAUAAUAAUAAUAAUAAUAAUAAUAAUAAUAAUAAUAAUAAUAAUAAUAAUAAUAAUAAUAAUAAUAAUAAUAAUAAUAAUAAUAAUAAUAAUAAUAAUAAUAAUAAUAAUAAUAAUAAUAAUAAUAAUAAUAAUAAUAAUAAUAAUAAUAAUAAUAAUAAUAAUAAUAAUAAUAAUAAUAAUAAUAAUAAUAAUAAUAAUAAUAAUAAUAAUAAUAAUAAUAAUAAUAAUAAUAAUAAUAAUAAUAAUGUGCUUGAAGAUAUGAACGUGUGGAUAACGUUGCUUUUUAGUCGGGGAUAUAAUGGCAGAUAUGAAUUCAAAACUUAUAUUAGUGGUUCAGGUUUUCAGCUGUCGAUUAUUUGGAAUAAGAGAUAUUAUGUAGCAUUUUGUAUCACCAGUAGAUAA